CGUCUCGAAAGUUGAGAGCGUCGCCCGCGAGUCGGCAUCGAUGCAGAAUUCCCCGCUUCUAGAAGCCCUUCCCCGAGAACCAGGACAGCGGGAUCUGUGGAGAGAGUGCCCCGUUUGGUAAAUGAGCUGCUCGAUCACGCCCGUCGUGGGAUUGUCGAGACGAAAAGCAGAGCAGUUUGGGGGUGCCUUUUGACGAUUUCACGCUCGUCUAGCACGGAGAUGACGCCCGCCCCUGGUAGAGCGUUUGGGUUGAACGGCGGGAAAGCGAACAUGCGGAGAUGCACCGCACAAGGCACGACUCACGAUCACGAAAUUUUGCAGGAUCGAACAAUGGAUUGCGACCUCUCCUUGCGAUCUCAGUGGACCUCCGCCGCGAGAGUGAGGCAGCUUUCUUAACCAUCUGGCCUUGCUGGGAAACCUUGCAUCCGCAAGAUUCUGAUGGCCGUCAGACCUUCCAUUGUUGUCGAUUGGCCCACUGCACACCGACUCUUGACACAUCCCUUCGUUACAUCGAACAUCGAAGCCAGGCUCAAACGACUGAGAGUGAAGGCAGGAAAUCGUGUCCCGAGUCUCUCCCGAAGGGGGCGUGCGGGCGAAGUUGCCUUGGGAACCAAACAGUCUGAGCCCCGUUCCAACGUCCCCCAGACCUAGAAUCGGCUUGGAACCUUCCACUCUCAUGCCAGAAAAUUAACUUCGGCCGCGACGGAAUUAUCCUUGCAACGGGCCAGUGAUGCUCUUGUGACAAAGUAUUCUUCAACCUGGACGCUUCUGCCUGGCGAGCGAGACUCUCGUCCUUGUAGUGUAAGCACUGCGUCAUCCUUACCUCCAUUGUGCGGUUAAAAGUCGCGUCCGGGGUGAUCUCCUCUGGCGGAACAGCUGCGGUCGUCCAAUCAGAUUAUAUUCCACACAACGUUCUGUCUUCAUUCCCUUGAAUUCACAUCGUGGCUCCGCUCGAAGAUACAGCAGCGCUGUCGAUGUCGCGCAAGGGUAUCCAAAAAGACUAAGCGGAACAAGUUGAGGUUUUGACAUCAACAUGGGAAGAUCUCUGGCGCAACAACGUCGUUCUAGAUUCGUAAACUAGUUUCCGGCUCUUCCGAGAGACCGAAGAUCCAUCAUAUGGCUAAAUCAAGCCAGUUAUCUGCUGUAAUUCCAUGCUUGCCAGUUUAACUCUAUGAUCCUAGAGUAUUCGAACAUAUAC